GGUGGAGCAACACGCCGGCCAAUCAGCAGCGGCGACCGUCGGCCCCGGAACGUUGGGACACCCCGGCCCCGCCCCGCGCCGUUGUUUGUGGUGUCGGCCGGGCCGCGGGAGUCGAACCACAACAUUCGCCAGGAGGCAGCGGCGGCGGCGAGCGCUAGCUCAGGGCGGCCUCCCGCGGCCGCCGAGCCCCGGAUCCGCGCGGCCGGAGUGGCCGGCUCUGGCGGUGCGCCAUGUCGGUGAACAUGGAAGAGCUGAGGCACCAGGUCAUGAUCAACCAGUUCGUGCUGGCGGCGGGCUGCGCGGCCGACCAGGCGAAGCAGCUGCUUCAGGCGGCCCACUGGCAGUUCGAGACCGCCCUGAGCACGUUUUUUCAGGAAACCAACAUUCCCAACAGUCAUCACCACCCCCAAAUGAUGUGUACUCCUAGCAAUACACCUGCCACACCACCCAACUUCCCCGACGCGCUGGCCAUGUUCUCCAAACUUCGAGCCUCUGAAGGCCUGCAGAGCAGCAAUAGCCCCAUGACAGCCGUGGCCUGCUCCCCCCCUGCAAACUUCAGCCCAUUCUGGGCCUCAUCCCCACCCAGCCACCAGGCACCCUGGAUGCCACCUUCCUCCCCCACCUCUUACCAUCGCCUCCACUGCCCACAGCCCACGUGGCCCCCCGGAGCACAGCAGGGGGGCACCCAGCAGAAAGCCAUGGCAGCGAUGGAUGGCCAGAGAUGAGACUGGAUGCUGUUGGGCACUGGGCUGGAGCAGGGGGCAGUCCAUGGUUGUGGGGACAUAGAGGAGGGUCGGGGAGGGGGGAGCUCGAGAGGGCAGGGGGUUUCCUGAAGAUCGCACUGGAAGAUUUUAUAAAAGAAUUUUUGUGGGUGGGGGGACAGUAAACGUCCUGGGCCACUUGGGUCCCUCAGGAGUUUUUCUUCGGGCAAGUUUUUUUCUCUUUUUAAUAUAUAACUAUAAUAUAUAUGAAUAUAUAAAUAUAGCUAAUGUAUGUGAGAGUGGGGCCAGCACAUCUAGGGUGUUAGGGUCAGAGGGGAAGGGCCACAAGAAUCUGUCCUUUGCCAGCGCUUCUGUUCCUGUCUUGGGAAAGUUUGGGCUUCACAGCCAUAUGCAGUCUUACAGUCAGGUGUCUGUGAGCUGUCUCCUUCAGAAGACACACCUGUACUGUAAUCAGGAAGACCCCUGCUGCUUCCACUGGGGAUGGCCACUUAGGGGCUGUAGGACAGGUCCUAAAAGGGCAUCAUGAGGCCCCUGCCUCCCAGCCCUAUUGCUGCUGUACUCAGAGAGUUCCUGGCCAUCUCUUUUGCCAUCCCCGGUUGCUGGUUGUGGCUUCUCAGUGGCUCUGUUGUCAACUGUGUCUCCACCUGGGUGUGCAAGGUUGAUAAGACUGAAGAGCUGGCUUGGGUCAAAGGCCAGCCUCUGAUGAGUGGGGGACUUGACCGUCCCUUUGCUUACUGUCCCACCAGCUCCCAGCCUCCCCCUGUGUGUGUCCAGGGCCAAAAGAGGACAUGGGAAAACCUGCCUUUGGGUUGAGUUCUUAAGUCAGAAUCACAUCUCACCAGGGUGAAAUUUUAAUUUAAAAAAGAAACUUUUCUAAC